AAGUUCACUAACUACAUGUAUCAGAUCAACAGACGACUUCUAGUCGUUCAGGAGACUGGAAAAACGACGCACUAUGAAUCUUCAUCCAAUCUACAUCUGUAUUGGGAUUGUUUGUUGGACGGCAGUCAAUGCAGUCGACCCAUCAACGAUUACUGACAGCCUAAGCCUUGCAAAUGACCUAGGGUCGUUCAUUGAAAGCCAGGACUUCUCCAGGACUGCGUCAAAACUGAUCUCCUCUGUGAGUCCGUACCUCGGGGUCAUCGGAUCCGUAUUAUCAUUUAUCUUCGGCUUCUUUGACACAGGUCCUUCUGCAGAACUUCAAGCCAUUCAGAAACUAUACGAAGACGUAACUGUCAGAUUUGACCGCAUAGAUCACCAGUUUGCCACAAUUUCCCGCCAAAUUGACUGGGUAAACAUUGAGGUACAUUAUGGUACGUACGAGAGCACGAUUCACGUAGUAGGAGAAAAAUAUAAAGCAAUGGCUGCCUCAAAAAGUCAAGCCGAGUAUAAUGCAAGGAAGCAAUUGUUUUUCAACAGCUUUAAACAAUACAAUGAAGCUGGAGGGAAGAUUUACGACGGGGUGAUGGGUCAAAGUAAUCUUUUUAACGGACCAAUUUUCGAUGAGGCGAUCAACCAUUUACAGUGGGAUCGAAAGAAGACCCAGCAAUUCAUGCUAGGCGUUACAAAAUUAUUAAUAGACGCAGCGGCAAUUGAAAUCGCUUAUUAUGAACUUUCAAAUCCGUCUUUGUCUCCCUUUAUUCAGCAUGAUUGGUUAGUAAAGUUUGAACAUUUGAAAAAAACAAUGACUGCAACCGAUCACAAACUCAUGACGCAGUACGGUGGUCAACUGGCCAUAGAUGUGGAUAAAUUUGUCACAAACCAUGCACACUCCAGCAACUGUGAUUUAACUAAUCCGUUGCAUGACGUACUAACACAAAAAUACUACUGGCGUAAUUGGCUUGUCGUAACUAGCGAUCACAGCACAGAUCAUACAAAAUACAUGGUUCACGUUUGUCCUGGGAUGGGGGGAACCAUUAACCAGAAACACGGUAAAAACGUAGUGGUAGCGAGUGUCGACAUAAAUAAAGCCCACCUCACUACUGACCAACAGCACGUGGUCAAUUACGUUCAUACUUCACACACAUUUCAUAUCAUGCACGGAGGGAAACGAGCUAUCGAGAAAAGAGUUGGUCAUCGUAGAAAUGAUGCAAAUGUAGCUUACGAUACAUUUCCAAAGUCUGCUCGUUUCUUUUGCAGUACCUAUGGUUCAAUUGGUGUGAUAGACAAUAGUUUGAACACCUGCUUAAGGUCGCCUUACCUUCACGUAUUUCAAAGAGAUGACCGCUGGUACAAAGUCUACGCUUUUGGAUAAACUUUUUUUUAAACACAAUGGAAAACAAUUUUCACUACAUGUGUAAUAACUAAC